AUGACUCCGGUUGAUAAUGGUAUUAUUAUAAGUCCCCGAAAUGAAAUUGAAGAAUCUAAUGGGACUCAAGUGAAGGAGUUUGCUUCAGUAGAUAUUUCAACCCCUAGUGAGAAAGACCUUAUUUCACAGUCUGUACCUUCUCCGUCUCCGCAUUCCAAUGGUCUAAAAUCGCGUUUACGUAUGAUGUUUGCUCAAAAACUUGACUGGAGUUCAGUCAAGAAAAUGUGCAUGGAAUGGAUCGAAAACCCGAUGAACAUGGCUCUUUUCGCGUGGAUAGUUUGUGUUGCUGUUUCGGGUGCAAUUCUGUUCUUUGUCAUGACAGGAAUGUUGAAUAAUGUGCUAAAAACUAAGUCGGAGAGGAACACGUGGUUUGAGAUAAAUAACCAGAUACUAAAUGCACUCUUUACACUUAUGUGUUUGUACCAACAUCCAAAGAGGUUCCACCAUCUUGUUCUUUUGUGUAGAUGGAGAACAAGUGACAUUUCUACGCUUCGAAUGAUUUACUGCAAAAAUGGUACUGGCAAGCCACAUGAAUGGAGACAUAUGAUGGUAGUGGUUAUUCUCCUUCAUGUUAACUGUUUUGCUCAAUAUGCACUUUGUUGUCUAAAUUUAGGGUACACAAGGUCUCAGCGACCGGCAGUUGGAGUUGGAAUUACUAUAUCAGUUGCAAUUGCGUCACCUGCCGUAGCUGGAUUGUACAUUAUUCUCAGUCCACUUGGGAAGGACUAUGAUUGUGAUAAGGAUGAAGAAUCACAGGAUCAAAUUAAGAAACCGUUUGAGAAAAAGUAUGCUUUUGCAUCUAAGGAUCAACAGGGAGAAGUUGUCGAAUUAGAAAAUAGACCAAAUUGGAGUGGAGGAAUACUUGAGAUAUGGCAUGAUAUAUCUGUAUCAUUUCUCUCAUUUUUCUGCAGUUUUUGCGUGUUUGGUUGGAACAUGGAGAGACUUGGAUUCGGGAACAUGUAUGUUCAUAUAGCUACUUUUAUGCUGUUAUGUAUGGCUCCUUUUUGGGUAUUUGUAUUGGCUUCCGGUAACAUUGAUGAUGAUAAUGUUAGAAUAGCUUUAAUAGCUAUUGGAAUCAUCCUUUGUUUUUGUGGUUUACUUUAUGGUGGCUUUUGGAGGAUUCAAAUGAGAAAGAGGUUCAAUUUGCCUGCGUACGAUUUCUGUUUUGGAAAACCUUCGGCUUCUGAUUGUACACUUUGGUUAUUCUGUUGUUGGUGCUCUCUUGCUCAAGAAACUAGGACUAGGAAUAGUUAUGCUCUCUUGGAAGACAAGUUAUGUUUGAAAGAAAUUGAUACUUGUGAUCAAGUUUCAAUUUCAACUUUGGAUAGAGAAGGUGUAGUAGUAUCAACCAAAUCUGACACAAGUUUUGCGCUUGAAGGAGGUAAAGAUGGAACAAUGACUCCACCAACCCCAUCAUUAAUACAAAAAGAAGAUCAUUAG